AUGCGCACCAGCCGCCUCUCGGUCAUCUGGGCGGUUGUGGGGAGGGAUGGCGCGCACAGCGUGAGUGCCCAGUGCGUGCUUCGAGUUACCAUCAUCACAGACGAGAUGCUCACGCACAGCAUCACGCUGCGCCUGCAGGACAUGUCUCCAGAGCGCUUCUUGUCCCCACUGUUGGGACUCUUCAUCCGCGGUGUGGCUGCCACACUAGCCACGCCACCAGACCACGUGGUGGUUUUCAAUGUGCAGCGGGACACGGAUGCGCCAGGAGCACACAUCCUCAACGUGAGCUUGUCGGUGGGGCGGCCGCCAGGGCCCGGCGGUGGGCCUCCUUUUGUGCCCUCUGAGGACUUGCAGGAGCGCCUCUACCUCAACCGCAGCUUGCUGGCAGCCAUCUCGGCGCAGCGCGUGCUGCCUUUCGAUGACAACAUCUGCCUGAGGGAGCCCUGUGAGAACUACAUGCGCUGUGUGUCCGUGCUGCGCUUCGACUCCUCGGCGCCCUUCAUCGCCUCAGCUUCUGUGCUCUUCCGGCCCAUUCACCCCGUCGGAGGCCUCCGCUGCCGCUGCCCGCCAGGCUUCACCGGAGAUUACUGCGAGACUGAGGUGGACCUCUGCUAUUCCCGGCCCUGUGGCCCCCACGGGCGUUGCCGCAGCCGCGAAGGUGGCUACACCUGCCUCUGCAGGGAAGGCUUCACUGGAGAGCACUGUGAGGUGAGCGCCCGCUCAGGCCGAUGUGCCCCUGGAGUCUGCAAGAAUGGAGGCACCUGUGUCAACUUGCUGGUUGGGGGCUUCAAAUGUGACUGCCCAUCAGGUGACUAUGAGAAACCUUACUGCCAAGUGACCACGCGCAGCUUCCCGGCUCGAUCCUUCCUUACCCUUCGAGGUCUUCGGCAGCGCUUCCAUUUCACCUUGGCCCUCACGUUUGCCACAAAGGAGAGAGAUGGGCUUCUUCUGUACAAUGGGCGCUUCAAUGAAAAGCAUGACUUUGUGGCCCUUGAAGUGAUUCAGGAACAAGUCCAGCUCACUUUCUCUGCAGGAGAAUCAACGACCACCGUGUCCCCAUUCAUCCCUGGAGGGGUCAGUGAUGGCCAGUGGCACACCGUCCAAUUGCAGUACUACAAUAAGCCUCUGCUGGGGCGUUCUGGACUCCCACAGGGUCCUUCUGAACUGAAAGUGGCCGUGGUUACAGUGGAUGAUUGUGAUCCUGGCGUGGCACUGCGCUUUGGAGCCGUCCUGGGAAAUUAUUCCUGUGCUGCCCAGGGCACCCAGGCUGGCAGCAAAAAGUCCCUGGAUCUCACAGGUCCCUUGCUGCUGGGAGGAGUCCCUGACCUGCCUGAGAGUUUUCCCAUCCGCACCCGCCACUUUGUGGGCUGUAUGCGAAACCUGCAGGUGGAUAGUCGGCGCGUGGACAUGGCUGACUUCAUUGCCAACAAUGGCACUAUGCCUGGGUGCCCAGCCAAGAAGAAUGUAUGUGACAGCAACACCUGCCACAAUGGGGGCACCUGUGUCAAUCAGUGGGACACAUUCAGCUGCGAGUGCCCCCUGGGCUAUGGGGGCAAGAGUUGUGCCCAAGAGAUGGCGAAUCCUCAGCGCUUCCUGGGUAGGAGCCUAAUGGCCUGGCAUGGCUUGGCACUUCCCAUUACCCAGUCCUGGCACCUCAGCCUCAUGUUCCGUACCCGCCAGGCGGAUGGCGUCCUCCUGCAAGGGAUCACCAGAGGGCACAGUACCAUCACCCUACAGAUGAGGGAGGGCCACGUGAUGCUGAGCGUAGAGGGCACUGGGGUCCAAACCUCCUCUCUUCGGCUGGAGCCAGGCAGGGCUAAUGAUGGGGACUGGCACCACGUGCAGCUCGUCCUUGGAGUCAGCGGAGGAGCCAGAGAACCCGGCCAUGCCGUCCUGUCCUUUGACUAUGGGCAGCAGCAGGCCGAGGGCAACCUCGGUCCCAGGCUGCACGGGCUGCACCUCACCAACGUCACUGUGGGUGCUGUGGCCGGACCUGGUGGGACCGUGGCCCAGGGUUUCCGGGGCUGCAUGCAGGGCGUGAGAGUGGGUGAGGCAGCAGAUGGUGCCAGCAGCCUCGACCCCAGCAGAGCGGAGCGUGCCAAUGUGGAGCAGGGCUGCAGCCUCCCCGAUCCCUGUGACUCAAACCCCUGCCCGCCUAACAGCUACUGCAGCGACGACUGGGACAGCUACUCCUGCAGCUGCGAUCCUGGUUACUACGGCGAUAGCUGUGCCAAUGUCUGUACCCUGAACCCCUGCGAGCACCAGUCCGUGUGUACCCGGAAACCCAGCGCUCCUCAUGGCUACACCUGCGAGUGUCCCCACAACUACUUUGGGCCGUACUGUGAGACCAGGAUCGACCAGCCGUGCCCUCGAGGCUGGUGGGGGCAUCCCAUGUGUGGCCCGUGCAACUGUGACGUCAGCCAAGGCUUCGACCCCGACUGUAACAAGACCAGUGGGGAAUGCCGUUGCAAGGAGAAUCACUAUCGGCCCCUGGGCAGCCCCGCGUGCCUCCUGUGUGAUUGUUACCCCACCGGUUCUCUGUCCCGCGUCUGUGAUCCAGAGGAUGGCCAGUGCCCGUGCAAGCCGGGUGUCAUCGGGCGCCAGUGUGACCGCUGCGACAACCCCUUCGCUGAGGUGACGGCCAAUGGCUGCGAAGUGAAUUACGACAGCUGCCCGAGAGCAAUUGAAGCUGGCAUCUGGUGGCCUCGGACCCGAUUUGGGCUGCCUGCCGCAGCACCCUGCCCCAAGGGCUCCUUCGGGACAGCAGUGCGGCACUGUGACGAGCACCGAGGAUGGCUGCCCCCUGACCUCUUCAACUGUACUUCAGUCACCUUCUCGGAGCUGAAGGGCUUUGCUGAACGACUACAGAGGAACGAGUCGGGCUUAGAUGCCGGGCGCUCCCAGCGCUUGGCAGUACUGCUCCGGAAUGCCACCCAGCACACUGCUGGCUACUUUGGCAGUGAUGUCAAAGUGGCCUACCAGCUGGCCACUAAACUUCUGGCCCACGAGAGCGUCCAGAGGGGCUUUGGACUGGCUGCCACCCAGGAUGUGCACUUCACUGAGAAUCUGUUGAGGGUUGGCAGUUCCCUUCUCGAUGUUGGCAAUAAGCGUCACUGGGAACUGAUUCAGCAGACGGAGGGUGGCACGGCCUGGUUGCUGCACCACUAUGAGGCCUAUGCCAGUGCGCUGGCCCAGAACAUGCGCCACACUUACCUGAGCCCAUUCACCAUCAUCACACCCAACAUUGUCAUCUCUGUUGUGCGCCUGGACAAGGGGAACUUUGCUGGGGCCAAGCUGCCCCACUAUGAGGCACUUCGGGGGGAGCGGCCCCCUGAUCUUGAGACAACUGUCAUCCUCCCUGAAUCUGUUUUUAAGCCAACAGAAAGUCAAGGUGGGCCAGUGGUGCCAGGUGAGGCCCGGGAGCAAGAGGAGCUGGGGCGGCGGCAGAGGAGACACCCCGAGCUGAGCCAGGGCCAGGCUGUGGCCAGUGUCAUCAUCUAUCGCACCCUGGCUGGGCUGCUGCCCCACAACUAUGACCCUGACAAGCGCAGUCUUCGGGUCCCCAAACGUCCCGUCAUCAACACGCCAGUGGUGAGCAUCAGCGUCCAUGAUGACGAGGAUCAGCUGCCUCGGGCCCUGGACAAGCCUGUCACCGUGCAGUUCCGGCUGCUGGAGACUGAGGAGCGCUCCAAGCCCAUCUGUGUCUUCUGGAAUCACUCGAUUCUGGUGAGCGGGACAGGCGGCUGGUCAGCCCGAGGCUGCGAGGUGGUCUUCAGGAACGAGAGCCACGUCAGCUGCCAGUGUAACCACAUGACCAGCUUUGCCGUGCUCAUGGAUGUGUCCCGCCGGGAGAACGGGGAGAUCCUGCCCCUGAAGACGGUGACCUACGCAGCCUUGGGCGUGACGCUGGCUGCCCUGCUCCUCACCUUCCUCUUCCUGGCCUCCCUGCGGGCCCUGCGCUCUAACCAGCACGGCAUCCGCAGGAACCUGGUGGCAGCCCUUGGCUUGGCCCAGCUCGUCUUCCUGCUGGGUAUCAAUCAGGCUGACCUGCCGUUUGCCUGCACGGUCAUCGCCAUCCUGCUGCACUUCCUGUACCUGUGCGCCUUCUCCUGGGCUCUGCUCGAGGCCCUGCACUUGUACCGGGCCCUCACCGAGGUGCGCGACGUCAACAGCGGCCCCAUGCGCUUCUACUACAUGCUGGGCUGGGGAGUGCCCGCCUUCAUCACAGGCCUUGCUGUGGGACUGGACCCCGAGGGCUAUGGGAACCCCGACUUCUGCUGGCUGUCCAUCUACGACACGCUCAUCUGGAGUUUCGCUGGCCCCGUGGCCUUCGCCGUCUCGAUGAGCGUCUUCCUGUAUCUUCUGGCAGCCCGUGCCUCGUGUGCCGCCCAGCGCCAGGGCUUCGAGAAGAAGGGCACCGUCUCAGGCCUGCGCUCGGCCUUUGUGGUCUUGCUCCUGCUCAGUGCCACGUGGCUACUGGCCCUGCUUUCCGUCAACAGCGACGCUCUCCUCUUUCAUCAUCUCUUUGCAGCCUGCAACUGCGUCCAGGGCCCCUUCAUCUUCCUCUCCUAUGUAGUACUCAGCAGGGAGGUCCGGAAGGCACUGAGGUUCGCCUGUAGCCACAAGCCCAGCCCUGACCCUGCCCUGACCACCAAGUCCACUCUGACCUCGUCCUACAACUGCCCCAGCCCCUACGUAGAUGGCCGACUCUACCAGCCCUACGGAGACUCGGCCGGCUCCCUGCACAGCGCCAGCCGCUCGGGCAAGAGUCAGCCCAGCUACAUUCCCUUCCUGCUCAGGGAAGAAUCAAGCCUGAACACUGGCCAAGGGCCCACUGCGCUGGGGGACCCAGGAGUCCUGUUCCUAGAAGCCCAAGACCCGCAGCACGGCCCUGACACAGACUCGGACAGUGACCUGUCCCUUGAGGAUGACCAGAGUGGUUCCUAUGCAUCCACCCACUCGUCAGACAGUGAGGAGGAAGAGGAGGAUGGGGCUUUCCCCGGGGAGCCCGGCUGGGACAGCUUGCUGGGGCCUGGUGCUGAGAGGCUGCCAUUGCAUAGUACCCCAAAGGGUAGUGGCCCAGGACCGGGGAAGGCCCCCUGGCCCAGCGACUUUGCCACAGCCACCAAGGAGAAUGGAGGUGGCGGCCCCGAGGACAGGUUCCGGGAAAACGGAGAUGCCGUGUCUCGAGAUGGCCCCCUGGGCCCCCUGCCUGGCUGUCCCCCCACUGCCCAGCCCCACAAAGGCAUACUCAAGAAGAAGUGUCUGCCCACCAUCAGCGAGAAAAGCCACCUCCUGCGACUGCCCCCUGAGCCAGGCACCGGCUCCUCCCGGGGCUCCUCAGCCAGCGAGGGCAGCCGGGCCGGGCCCCUCCCACCUCGCCCCCCUCCCCGGCAGACCCUGCAGGAGCAGCUGAACGGGGUCACACCCAUUGCCAUGAGCAUCAAGGCCGGCACAGUGGACGAGGACUCAUCAGGCUCAGAAUUUCUCUUCUUUAACUUCCUGCAUUAACCCUGGGCCUGUGGCCCCCACGCCCAAGGCUCCCCUCCCUCGACAGCCCCUCUCAUGCCCCAUACGGUGUCUUGUGCUUUCUUCCCUCUU